UCACAAAAUAUUUGACAAAAAAUUAGCAAGUUUUGAAGUUCAUUAUCGGCAUGCGUUAAAGUCAGUUAAAGUUUUAAAAUAGUUCAAUUUGCACCUCCUUUGAAAAAAGUUACUUGUAAACGAUGUCGUGGAUUUUAUUGUGGAUCGUUUUAAAUUUAAAAUACUUACUAGCUCUUGUAAUUUUGGGAAUUUACAUCUAUUGGCAUUGGACAAGGAGAGAACUUUACAUUGCCUCGUGGAAAUUAGAGGGUCCCUUUUGUUGGCCAUUUAUUGGGAAUUUACCGAGUGUCAUCAAGCAUCGAAAACGUAUAAUGAAUUUCGCCGACGAACUUACCCAAUGCUACAAAAACCCUCCCCGUUUCUGGAUGGGACCUUUUCUCAUGGUUUACAUGUCAGAGCCUGACGAUCUUCAAGUUGUGCUGAACCACACAAAUGCCUUAUCAAAAACUUUCAUCUACAAAUUCGGUCAUGAUUACAUCGGAAAGAGCUUAUUAACAAUCGAAGGUCCCAAAUGGCGCCAAAGACGCAAAAUAAUGAAACCAACUUUCAACAUUGACAUUUUGGAGGGUUACAUUUCGAAGUUUGAUCGUGCCUCGGAUGUCCUCGUUGAGCGAUUAGCAACGACAAAGGCCAAAAAAGUGGAUGCUUUUAACUAUGUUGUACGAUGCACGAUAGAUAUGAUCAGCGAAACGGCCUUUGAUACGACAAUUGAUGCCCAAACCGAGCGAAUUGGGGAGGAUAUGAUGCAUGCGAUGCACAAUGUUUUUGGGGUUUUAUUAAAGCGGACUGUUAGAUUGUGGCUUUAUGUUGAUGAAAUUUUCAAAAGAACAAAACUUUAUGAAAAUUUUAUGAGAUCAAUUUCAAUUUUUCAUGCAUACACAGACAAAGUAUUCGAUCGAAAAACCCGCGAAUGGCAAAAUCGCAUCAACGAAUCGCCCGAAUCUCUUAAUGGAAGUGUCAAUAACUUCAUAGAUUAUCUCAUAACGAACCAUUUGACGUCUAAUAACAACGUAAACUACCUGGCAAAAGACGAAAUUAAGCGCGAAAUGGAUGGAAUGUUCGCAGCUGGCUCUGACACGACAGCUCACACAAUUAGUUUCAUCUUGUUACUCCUGGCGAUGUUUCCGGAACACCAAAAAGCUGCAAGAGAAGAGGUUUUAGAACUCUUCCAAAGGCUAGAAGAUACAAAAUCUACUAUCAAAAGACAUCAUUUGCAUGACUUACCGAUCCUUGACAUGAUAAUUCAGGAGAGUUUACGUCUUUUUCCGCCAACGCCGUUUAUUGCGCGACAACUUGACGGUCCGGUAACGCUCAAAAGUGGCAUUGUGUUGCCCAAAAAUACUCACAUCGGGGUAGGAAUUUACUCAGCUCACAGAAAUCGGGAGGUUUGGGGUGAAGAUGCCGAUAAAUUUCGCCCGGAAAGAUUUUCCAUAGAAAAUUUGCAGAAAAUUAAGAAUUUUUCGUAUUCGUUUAUUCCAUUUGCAGCGGGAGAAAGGAAUUGUAUAGGACUCAAGUUUGCCAGAUAUUCGAUGAAAAUGAUGUUGAUGAAAAUUUUGAGAGACUUUGAGGUUGAAACUGAUGAAAAAUUCGAGGAAAUUGAGUGUGAGGUGAAUGUUUUGGCCAAAAAGGUUAAUGGAUGGAACGUGAGAUUUAGAAAAAGGGAAAAAUUUUAAUUUUUAGAAAAAAAGAGAUUUUUUUUAAAAGAGGGUUUAGGAAAGAAUUUUUG